AAAUUAAUCCAUGGGACCUAUUUCCUAAAGCGUGCAAAAAUAGCAAAAAGAGACACAAAAAAUUUUAAGAUGAAAAAAAAAAAAUCUUGUAGCGAUACGAUUUCAAUUUAAUUAUAAUUAGUCAUCUUCUUUUGAUAGAAUAGUUUGAAAUCAGUACCAAACAUCAUAAUAUGAGUGCUAUACUUAGUCAAGAUGAUUUGAAUGACUUCAUAAGUCCUUCUGUCGCAUGCAUAAAACCUAUAGUGCCGGCCUCACAGGAUGAAAGCAAUAUAGGAGAAGUGGAAAUUCAAAUCGAUAAGAAUGGUAAUCCAUUAGAAAUUUCGAAAAUAGAUCAAAAGGUAAAACAACUAUCACCAGCACAAAUAUCGUUAAGUGAUUGUUUAGCAUGUUCAGGAUGUAUAACAUCCGCAGAAGAAGUGCUUGUGGCACAACAUUCAUAUGAGCAAUUAUUAAAUUCAUUACAGGAUCGUGAAAAAGUAUUUGUGGUAUCUAUAUCUCAUCAAUCUCGAGCUUCAUUAGCAGCUGCUUACAGUCUAUCGAUCGAGCAAAUUGAUAAAUUGUUGAUUAAUUUAUUUAUCCAUCAGCUAAAGUUUUCCUAUAUUAUUGGUACUUCUUUAGGUCGUAAAUUAAGUUUGAUAGAAGAAGCUAAGAAUAUUAUAAAUCUGAAGAAAGAGUCAUCUGAAAAUAAUACUGGAGCACCUUUAUUAUCCUCAAUAUGUCCUGGAUGGGUUCUUUAUGCUGAGAAGACACAUCCUCAUGUAUUAUCAUAUUUAUCAACUGUUAAAUCACCUCAACAAAUUACAGGUAAUAUUCUUAAAACUUUGGUUAGUCAAGAAUUAGGCAUUCCAAAGAAAAAUAUUUAUCAUUUAUCUAUAAUGCCAUGUUUCGAUAAGAAAUUGGAAAGUGCUAGACCUGAAAAGGGCCAAGAACAAGAAUCAUAUAAUGAUGUUGAUUGUGUGUUAACUCCUAAGGAAUUAGUUACAUUGUUAGAACAACAUCAAGAUGAAUAUCAAUUAAUGGCUCCAUUACAAGAACAUGAUACGCUUAAGAAUCUUUAUCGAAAAUAUGCUCCUAAUGAUUGGCCCUUAGUAGAAUAUUCAUGGUCAAAUGAUUCAGGAUCAACAUCAGGAGGGUAUGGAUGGAAUUAUUUAAAAUUAUAUCAACAACAUUUAAUAUUAAAGGAUCCCGUUCAAUAUCAAAUAGAGAAUUUUAAAAUCAAAAUCGUUAAUGGGAAAAAUUCUGAUAUUUAUGAAAUGAGAUUAAAUUAUCAAGAUAAAUUAAUUGCAUCAUCUAUUGUUUUAAAUGGAUUUAGAAAUAUUCAAAAUUUAGUUAGAAAACUUAAAAAUCCAGUCAAAUCAACUAGUGGUGGAACUACUACGAAAAGAAUUAAUCCAUUAGUGGCUAAACGUAGAGCAAGACUUCAAAAGAGUAAUAGUGCAUCGCCGGUUCCAACUUCUACUGGAUUAGAGGAGGCAACUGCAGAAGAAAUCGAUGUGUUAAAAGCUGACUAUAUUGAGAUUAUGGCUUGUCCUAAUGGAUGUAUUAAUGGGGGAGGUCAAAUAACGAACCCGAGUGAAAUAUCUGAAAAGGAUUGGAUAUCAGAAGUUAUUUUAAAGUAUAGUGAAAUUGAAAUGGUUGAUUUAGCUAAUAAUUUAAAUAUUGUUAAUGAUUUACAAGGUUGGGAACAACAAUAUUGUGAACUGUUUGAUAUUGGGCAAGAAAGAUUAAUCAAUACUUGGUUUAAACAAGUUGAAAAACCAACUGAUCAAGCUACCAUGUUAUUAGGCGCCAAAUGGUAAGAUUUGAAUCUUUUGCAUUAUCUCAUUCAUGGAUGAGAUUAGUUAUUAUUAUUUAUUAUAGUUUAAGAACAGACAUGUGUAUUAUUUUUAUUGGGAUUUAUUAUAGAUAAUAAAAAUAGUAAUUUUAAGGUUAUAUUUGAAGAGUUGCAAAUUAUCAAAUACGUACAAAAGAAAAAUAUUGGAGGCAGGCCCAGGAAGUGGAGGAACGAUUGGUUGGUUGUCAACUCAAUCAAAUGAGAAAGUAAUGUAAUCUAUUUGUAAGCCGUUUAUGAACUUAAACUGUGUAUAUUAUGUACAUAUUAGAAGAUAUCAGAUUGAAGAUGGCUUAUAAGAACCAAUUGAUAUCGUGGGGUUUUAGUUCCCAAUUGGUUAUUAACUCCAUAUAUAUAUAAAUUCUCUGUGCCAAAGUACACGACCCCUCCCACAAAACAGAACCAGAACAGAAAUGAAAUAUAAAAUAGAAAUUUGAACUCCACUUUCUCCUGUUUUCAUAUA